CAUCAUUUCCUGUCUCCACAGGAACACAAACCGGGGCGGUCAGACAGGCGGCAGAAUACGGAACACAGCGGCGGCACGACUGUUGAGACGAGACAGCGGCCAGCCCACACGCUCCCGGUUCUUUGCAGCUAGUUAUGUCGUCCCCGAGGGUCAUUAGCCUCCGGAUAUAAACAACACAGACAUGACAGUGACGGUUCAGAACUGCGCCACGGGUCGGGACUGUUUUGACUGUGAGUAAACUAUCCACAGCCACCGCACCCCCCCUCCACCGCCCAGAAUCUACCGGGUACCUACCACCACCACCGGCGGCGGCGGCGGCAUCGGGUGUCCUAAUGGCGGACCCGACAGAACCGGCUCCCGGGAGCUCCGGCCAGGGGAAGCCGGAGCGGAUAAACGACGCAGAGCUGGCUCUGAACGGAAUCAAUAUGCUGCUCAACAACGGAUUCAAGGAAAGCGAUGAGCUCUUCAGGACAUACAGGAACCACAGUCCUUUGAUGAGUUUCGGGGCAAGUUUUGUGAGUUUUAUGAAUGCCGUAAUGACGUUCGAAGAGGAGAAAAUGCAGAUGGCCUUUGAGGACCUCAAAUCCACGGAGAGGUUGUGCGAGAGUGAAAAUGCCAGUGUUAUUGAAACCAUUAAAAACAAGAUAAAGCGGAGUCAGGGGGACUCCCAGAGGUCGGGCAUGGCUGCGGUGGACCGGCUGCAGCGGCAGAUCAUCAUUGCAGACUGCCAGGUCUACAUCGCAGUUCUUUCUUUCAUAAAACAAGAGCUGUCAGCCUACAUCAAAGGAGGCUGGAUCCUCCGCAAAGCCUGGAAGAUGUAUAACAAAUGUUACAACGACAUCACGCACCUGCAAGAAGGCAACAGGGGCGCGUCUGAACAGCAAGCGGCGGCGUCUCCGGCCGACGGCAGACGAUCCUCCUCAGCCGGACCGGGCCAGAGCCAGAGACCGGACGGCAUCGACCCGGAGGUUCUGGGCCGGCUGAAGGGCUCCGUCAGCUUCGGCUACGGCCUCUUUCACCUGUGCAUCUCCAUGGUGCCGCCCCACCUGCUGAAGAUCGUCAACCUGCUGGGCUUCCCGGGAGACCGCCACCAAGGCCUGUCGGCGCUCACGUAUGCCAGUGAAAGUAAGGACAUGAAGGCCCCGUUAGCUACCCUGGCCCUGCUGUGGUACCACACGGUGGUGCAGCCCUUCUUUGCUCUGGAUGGCUCAGACACACAGGCAGGAUUAAUGGAGGCCAAAUGCAUACUCAAACAGAGGGAGGCCGUCUAUCCAAACUCCUCCCUCUUCAUGUUUUUCAAAGGCAGAGUUCAACGCCUUGAGUGCCAGAUCAGUAGUGCCUUGACGUCCUUCAACGAAGCCUUACACCUGGCCUCUGACCAGAGGGAGAUUCAACAUGUGUGUUUAUAUGAAAUAGGCUGGUGCAGCAUGAUCGAGCUGAACUACAGCGAAGCCUACCGAGCGUUUGAGCGACUGAAGGCAGAGUCUCGCUGGUCCCAGUGCUACUACGCCUAUUUAACAGGAGUGUGCCAAGGGGCCACAGGUGACCUGGAGGGGGCCGUUGCAACCUUCAAAGAUGUUCAGAAACUUUUCAAACGCAAGAAUAAUCAGAUAGAGGUGUUUUCCUUGAAGAGGUCAGAGAAGUUCCGGAGCCCAGGUCUGUCCAAAGAGCUCUGCAUCUUGUCCGUGAUCGAGAUCCUGUAUCUGUGGAAAGCCCUGCCCAACUGUUCCUCUGCCAAGCUGCAGGCAAUGACUCACGUUUUGCAGGGGAUUGAAGAUGCGUCAUGCACUGGCCUGAAAAACCUGCUCCUUGGUGCAAUAAGUAAAUGUCUCCUUAAUACUAAAGAUGCCGUGCAGUAUUUCCAUCUGGCUGCAAGGGACGAGGUUGGGCGUCAGUGCAAUUCUUACGUGCAGCCCUACUCCUGCUAUGAACUGGCCUGUGUACUACUAAAUUCCCCAGAGAGUGCAGCAAAGGGUCGAAUGCUAAUGCUUCAGGCAAAGGAGGAGUACGCCGGCUAUGACUUUGAGAACAGGCUCCACGUUCGUAUUCACUCGGCGCUCGCCUGUACGAGAGGAGCAGCACAGCCUUGAUGUUUGAUCAUCACCUUAA